ACUACAUCUAUAGGUGAUAUGUAGGAUGUAGGUACCUCCCUAUCUGUAACUUGAGACAUAAUAUAAAUGGAUCCUAGCUUCUUCGUCAUUACAUGAUUAUUAUUUUUUUACCGCAACGUAUCAAAACUCUUCAUGCUCAUUAUUCGUUCACUCUCCGAUUCGAGCUUUUUCGGAGAAACACGUAUAGGUAAUUAAAAUCAAAACAAACAUGCUUUAAGUUACUGCAACCCCUUUUCUUCCCUUCUCUAUAUUUUGAGCAUCACAAACCUACCUAUUCAUUAUCCUUGACAUGACGAUCAUGCAGUAACUUGCUGGAGCUCGAAUCUAGUUGAAUGAUAGAAUGGCGAAUAAUAGCCAGGACAGAUUCCCUCUAGUCCAGGGCGGUGGCAGUUUGAUUCUAGCCUGGCAGGUCAAGAACAAACAUGUUCUGGUGAUUGGGGGCGGCGAGGUGGCGGCUGGCCGCAUCCUUAACGUUCUCAACGCCGAUGCCAAUGUUACCGUCGUAAGCCCUUCUUCCGGUCUCAAUCCCGAAGUACGGCAUCGUAUCGACAACGGCGAGGUCACUUAUAUCGAUCGCGUAUUCCAGCCUUCAGAUCUAGAGACGUUACCUCCAAAUAACAGUCAUCCCGACAUGGUACUUGUCGCCAUCGACGAUCCUGCUGCUUCAACCCAAAUCUGGAAGUUAUGCAAAGAGUAUCGUAUUCCGGCUAACAUUGCUGAUGUCCCGCCCGAAUGCGAUUUCUAUUUUGGGAGCGUACAUCGUGAUGGACCCUUGCAGAUCAUGGUUAGCACCAACGGAAAGGGACCGAGACUCGCUGCUAGUAUUAGGAAGUGGAUCGGGAGCCAGUUGCCCUCAAACAUUGGUGAUGCUAUCGAGAGGAUCGGCGCACUACGCGCUAAGCUACGUCAGAUAGCCCCAGGCCCUGAUGAAGGUCCCAAGAGGAUGCGUUGGAUGACGAGGGUUAGCGAUGCUUAUAGUUGGAAUGAAAUGUGUGGACUUACCGACGAAGACAUUGAUAACCUUCUAAAAUUCUACCCUCCUAACAACGUCCCCGAGUUAGAUAUGCUCCAGGCCAUGCGAGGUGGAAGGGAACCAGAAGAUAUCGAUGUUUUCGAUGGUUCUUUCGGCUUUAGUGUUGUCGCAUGAGACCAAAUGGAUCUAAAGGCCGGGCGGCUACUUGGAAGCUCUCUGGAAUGUUUUCACGGGCUGGGUAGAGACACGAAAUUAACCAGGGAGACAAGAGAAAUAAUCCAGACUGCCCUUCUCUAAUCUGUACAUCCAUUAUCCAGUACCACAUCUUAACCGCAGCUUAAGAUAGUUGAGGCAAAGCAGAUAUAAAAAUAAAAAUAAACUAAAUCCGCAAUGUACUAGAGGGCCUACAAUCACGGUACAAUAUCGUCUCUAAACAACCUUCAUAAUAAUACGUACCUAAAUGCUUAUAAUUCCAUUGAUCUCCUGUAUAGAUAC